AUGUCAAGAUGGCUACAGGAUGCUACAGGAUACUGCAGUAGCAUUGCCAUCAAGAUGGUCACUCUCAAUUGCCAUCAAGUGCCGCUGGUGAUGGUUCAGGCAAAGAAGUCCAUAGGAACAGAAGCCGAAGGAGCUCGUUUGCUUCAAGAAGCCGAGGAGGAGCAGCAAAACGAGUCAUUUUUCUUGGAAAACACGAGGAUUCCAGAACAAGCGGUGGUGUCUAUGGCGGAUGAGAAGGUCGAGGCGGCCGAGACCCGGGCGGAGCUGCGCCAGGCGGAGCAGAAGGUGGUUUUUCUACCUGCUCCUCGCAUUGAUUUUUGUCUCAGAGGCUGUGCUCUUUUCUCGGCAUCAUUGCGAAGACAUCUGCUACGCAUCGGCGUGCUCUCCGACGAGCCCGGGCGAAGGCCAGAUUUCGGUGGCAUCUACAUCGUGUUGGACUUCGUCCUCUCGAUCAGCUUGCUCUACUUCGCUUGCGUGUUCUCCUUGGUGCACAUCACAGCCGAGUGCAGGGUGUGCAAAAAGAUGGCCAAACCAUCAAUGCCACGUUGCGCUUGGUGCGGCAAGACUUGGCAGGAGGUUUUGGACACCUCCUUUCAACCGCCGUCUUCCCAGCAGCAGAGGCCCUCACCACAUCGUCAGCAUCAUGGCGGAGACUAUCCUUACCAAGGGCAAGGUCAAGGCGGUUAUCAGCAGGGGCAUACGAGAGAGCAAACACCUCGACGCAAGUCCCGCAAAGGCAAAAGAGGCAAGGCUCAGCAGCAGCAGGGGCUGCAGCAAUCUGGGCCACCUUCUAUGCCUUCGCAACCACAGCACCUUCCUCCUGGCAAUUGGUAUCCUCAGGGCCCUUAUGGACCCUUUCCUGCUCCUCAAGGUCCUCCGGCCUUUGUGCAACAGUGUUUGGCGCCACCACCGCCUCCACCUAUGCCAAAGGCCACCGCAGUUCCUCCAGAUCAGGUGUGGGUGCAGCAGAUGCAACAGAUGCCAGUGUUGGAUGGGAUGAGCCCUGGGAUGGUACAGCCUGGGCAAUCGCCGGCUCCAACCUCACAGGCGGAAAAACAUCUCCAGAACAUCCUUGGUGCAUUGCGCAAGUCAGAGGAUACUUGGACUCCAGAGGUUCAGAUGGCUGUUCAAGAGGUCAAGCUUCAGGCCGAGGAAGUUUCCCUGCAGCAAGUUCAGGACAGUGCUGCCGAGCUCAGGCUUGCGAGAAAAGCGGUCGCAGAUGCAGAGGCAGCACGGUUGCGCCUGAUCACAUCAUGGCGUACCUUCCUUCAGUACAGCGUUGCUCGCUGGAAGGAGUACACUCAAUUGUUUCAGGGACAAGAAGCCGAAGCACAGACCCAACUGGCUGCUGCCAAAGAGCAAUUGCACAAUGCUCAGAGGAAGUUUGGGGAGACUUCCGAAGCUAUCCGCUCUGGGGCUGGACACUAUGUCAUUUCCGACGAGGAGGCCGACGAGGGUGCGAAGGCCUUGCCGGACGAAGAGAUGAAGGACGAAGCCACGCAAAAGAUUGGCCUUGGUUUGUCACAGGUGGUCAAUUCUUUACAAGCACUUUCCGAGCAAGCGGAGGCGGAAGAGAGAAAAUCCAAACACCUUCGCAAAGCCUCGGAUGGAGAAGAUGGCGCCUCUCCACCGCAGGCAUUGCCAUCUAUGCAGCCUUUUGGCAAGGCAGGUGUUCAGUGA